AUGGAUCCUUACGAAUUCACAACAUCAGUGGACCAUGACCACGAUCCAUCGGAAGUAGAUGAAGAUCAAAUGAAGCAACUUGAAAAGGAAUUAGCUCCAACAGCUGCUGAUUACUAUGCUAUAUUGAACAUUUCAAGAAAAGCAACAGAGGACGAUAUCAAAGACGCUUAUAAAAAGCUAUGCCGAUUCUUUCACCCAGAUAAACAUACGGAUGAAGAUAAAAAAAAGAGAGCAGAGUCGAGGUUUCAAGUCAUUCAAAAAGCCUACGAAGUUCUGUCCAAUCCACAAUUGAGAAUUAUCUACGACACAUACGGUGAAGAGGGAUUAAACGCCUCAUGGGAUCUUGGUCCACGCUACAAAUCAACUGAAGAAUUACGCAAAGAAUAUGAAGAAUUAGCAAAGCAGAAACGAGAGCAGGAUCUAGAAAAUCUAGUACGAAGCAAGAACGAAAUCAUGUUGACCAUCAAUGCCACACAAAUAUUCAAUGCCUAUGAGCCAUCACCCUUAUCCUCCUUCGGAGGCCCGUGGGGGAACCUAGGAAUUCAGCCAUCCCAACAACAACAACAACACCCAAAGAAAAAAAAUCGUGUACAGCAAUGGAUGCAACAAGUGAAAAAGGGAAACGUCCAUCAACUGUUCAUGCGUCACUCGUUCACUACACAAUUAGGCCCUCAAACUCAAGCGAUUGUGGGAGGCUCCAUGGUGAAUCGGUCAGGCAUGGGUAAUGGCUCUCUCGUGGGCACCCUUCGACAUACAUUCUCUCCAAAGCUUUGGGGAGAAGCCACCACCACCAUCUUGAAACCACGCAUGGUGCUGUUGAAAUCUUACUAUUCCAUUUCGGCCGAUAGCUUUAUCAAUUCCAGUGCUCAAUUCACUUCCGUGAUAGAUGGACCACCUGUUCUAUCCGUGACGGCUGGCCGACGUUUAUUUUCCACUACAACAGGUUAUAUCACUUAUAGAACAGGAGAAUGGUCCCUUCUUGGCUGGGGAAGGGAUCAGGCAUUGCAAAAGAUGGAUAAAUCUUCAGUCUCGCUGGGUUUAGCAGGACAAAAGGGUAAAAAAGGCAAUUUCAGCACUGAAUUACAGACGGGUAUAUUAGCAUCCCACAUAGCCGGUGAAUAUAGUUACAAAUUGCCACGUCAAGGUCGUCUGCGAAUAGCUUGUUCAUUAUCUUCUCAGGGCGGUGUGAUGGCCAGUAUCGGUAGCGAUCAUCGACUGACGGAACAUACCAGAGUAGGUAUGACUAUGGAAUGUGGUUUGCCAUCGGGUGUCAUUCUUAAACUAAGGGCGUCUCGUCUCGGUCAAAAGAUUGUAUUACCUAUCAUCCUUUCGUCCGACUUAGAUCUUAAAUUGGCUUUCUUCGGUACAGUGGUUCCCGUUUCCAUGGCCUUCGCCUUGGACUACUUUGUGUUAAAACCCCGUCGACAAAGAUUAAUUAAACAAAAAAUUGAAGAAUUAAGAGAGGUUCACAAGGAAUAUCUUGAAAAUCGCAAGCAAGAAGCGCUGGAUGCGCAACUGAUUAUGUCUGACAUAGCUGAAAGGAAGAAGAAUCAAGAAGAAAAAAAAACCAACGGUUUGGUGAUUGUGAAAGCGUGGUACGGCCAUCUAGAAGACCUGGAUAAACAUGAUAAUCCAGACAAUGUGGAUGAAAUAGAAAGUGUGAUUGAUGUAACUCCUGUUGUACAGACUUUGGUCAAUGAGUCUAGGUUAACUAUUCCUGCUGGACAUUCCAAGGUAAUAGACGUCGUCUUUAAGCAAUUUAUAUAG